AUGGAGAACAUCACCGACACCAUGGUGAACGCCACGUUGACGGAGCCCCAAAGACUCAAAGUCUACAUUGUCAAAUACAACUUCGACUCCUCUCCCCCGGAAGGCGACUCGGCCAUCUUCGUUAAAACCAAUGAAGACGCGGGCUACAUUCACUUCAUUACCUCUAAAGAUGCCGGCGCCCACCUGUACUACGACCGUGAGAUCAUCAGGGCUCAUGAAGUCAUGGAGAUAGGAGAAAGCCUAAUGCUAAUAGGCACUACCCUUACCAAGAACUAUCCUGGUAGUUGGGAUGAGGCGCUGCGGACGACACCUGCAACUUCCUUGGCUUUGUCAGGCACAACUCAAGCUGAGUUGAGGCGGUUGAAGGUCUCUCGCUGGACCCAGGAGUGCGCUAGGCCCAUGUUGGAGAAGGCUGGGCUUUUGGAGAAGAUAAUUGCCCAUUGA